AUGAAAAAUUGCAUUUUAUCGUUAACUGAAGAAUUACAAAAAAUUGCCAAUGAAGAAUUGGGUGAGGUGCCAUCAAGAAUCCCCGAAGAUUUGGCAGCCCUGCGCUUGUGGUUACAACACCAGCCACAUUUAAAAUAUCGUGAUGAUGAUCAAUUCCUUUUACAAUUCUUGCGGGGCUGUAAAUAUAGUAUGGAGAAAGCCAAAACAAAAUUGGAUUUAUUUUAUUCACUGAAAUCGAAAUAUCCUGAAAUGUUAAAUCUCUGUAAUGUCGAUGAUCCAAAAUUUCGUGAAGUUUGUAAAUUGGGCACCUUUUUAACUUUACCCAAUCCGGUGAAUGGCAUUGGUCCCCGCAUUGUUGUGGGUCGCUAUUGCUAUCCCACAAAUAAAUAUGCCGUGGAGGACAUAUUUCAACCCGCCUGUGCUCUACAUGAAAUAUUAUUGGCCCAAGACCCUUUUGCCUGCAUUUGUGGCAUUAUUUAUAUUGUGGAUUUUAAAGAAGCCACUGCCAGUCAUUUUCUUCAAAUGACACCGAAUUUUUGCAUGAAACUUGUUUCAUUUCUAGAGAAGUCAAUGCCGUUGCGUAUUAAAUCGGUGUAUUAUAUUAACACAUCGGGGGCAGCUCAGCAGUUUUUUAAGAUUCUAUUUCCAUUCUUUUCUCAGAAGCUAAGGGAAAGGGUGCAUGUUAUGGGUGCUGAUUUAUCGGAAAUGAUAAAGGAUCUUACUGUUGAAUGUUUACCCAAAGAUUAUGGCGGAAAUUUGCCCAGUUUGGAGAAUUUAACUGUGGAGUUUAACAAGAAUUGGGACAGUUGUCGCGAGUUUUUCAAAGAAAAUGCCAACUGUGGUACCGAUGAAUCUCUACGUCCUGGCAAGCCUCUCGAUAUUGAUGGCCUGUUUGGUGUUGGUGGUUCUUUCAGGCAACUUAUUGUUGAUUAAAAUUA